AUGGAUCGCCUGGAACUGCAGAAAGUCAACACAGAACUUGAUGAGGAGAGCAACAGCAGAGACAGCAUUGAAGACAAUGACACAGAUAUGGUUGAUUCAGAGAAGGCUACUAUUAGCAGCCACUUUGUUGGUGAUGAUGCAGAAAGCCAGAAGUUUCUUGCUAAUGGCUUCUUGGGUAAAAAGAAAAUGGAAGGUUAUACAGAUGAAUAUCAUCCAGGAAAUAUUUCAUUCGGUAUUUCGGCAUUUAAUUUAAGCAACGCCAUCAUGGGCAGUGGUAUAUUAGGGUUAUCCUAUGCCAUGGCCAACACUGGAAUUGUCCUUUUUAUAAUUUUACUCUUCAGUGUAGCAAUGAUGUCACUCUAUUCAGUACAUCUACUACUGAAGACAGCCAAAGAAGGAGGCUCGCUAAUAUAUGAAAAAUUAGGUGAAAAGGCAUUUGGAUGGCCUGGAAAAAUUGGUGCUUUUAUUUCUCUCACAAUGCAGAAUAUUGGAGCAAUGUCAAGCUACCUCUUUAUUAUUAAGUAUGAAUUGCCAGAAGUAAUUCGAGCAUUUUUAGGACUCGAAGAGAAUUCUGGAGAAUGGUAUCUGAAUGGCAACUACCUUGUAAUAUUUGUGAGCAUUGGAAUUAUUCUCCCCCUUUCACUACUAAAAAAUUUAGGUUAUCUUGGUUAUACAAGUGGAUUUUCGCUUACUUGUAUGGUAUUCUUUCUCAGUGUGGUAAUCUACAAGAAAUCCCAAAUACCCUGUCCUCUCCCAGUCUUGGAUAAUAAAGUUGGCAACUGGUCCUACAAUGAUACUGCAGUUCUGCUACAUGUAGUGGUGUUACCAAAUGAUUCUGCUAAUUUGGAAUUAAACUUGAUGAUGGACAGCACUAACAAACAAUAUGCUUCAGGUUUUGAAGAAAUCAAAGCUAAACUACAUCAAAAUGGAGUAGAAUAUGAAGCCCAUGGAGAAGACAGUGACAAAUGCCAAGCCAAAUAUUUUGUGUUUAACUCACGGACUGCUUAUACAAUACCAAUUCUGGCAUUUGCAUUUGUAUGUCAUCCGGAAGUAUUACCUAUAUACAGUGAACUUAAAAACCGAUCUCAAAAACGGAUGCAAAAUGUUUCCAAUGUCUCCAUCAUGGGAAUGCUCAUCAUGUACCUCCUCGCUGCCCUUUUUGGCUAUCUUACUUUCUAUGGUGAAGUAGAAGAUGAGUUGCUUCAUACAUAUAGGAAAGUUUACACCUUUGACACUCUGCUCUUGAUGGUUCGCCUUGCAGUUCUUGUGGCUGUGACUCUCACUGUACCAAUAGUUCUAUUCCCAAUUCGUACAUCUCUUACCACACUCUUGUUCCCCAGAAGACCUUUCAGUUGGAUAAGACACUUCCUCAUUGCUAUUGUUAUUCUUAUAUUUAAUAACCUUUUAGUCAUCUUUGUCCCUACUAUUAAAGACAUCUUUGGAUUCAUAGGUGCCUCUGCUGCAACAAUGCUGAUUUUUAUUUUGCCUGCUGCAUUUUACCUUCGAAUUGUCAAGAAAGAGCCUUUGAGGUCACCUCAAAAGAUUGGAGUCCUAAUUUUCCUCAUUGUUGGCAUAAUCUUUAUGUUUGGGAGCAUGAUACUAAUUCUCUUGGAUUGGAUUUACAACUCUUCACAUUCCAAUCAGCAUUAAUUUGGAAGGAAAUUGCAAAUGUUUGUUUUUCUUUGCCACCGAAGUGGUUGAAUUUCAUUAGCCAUAUGCAAGCAAGCAAACAAAAGACUUUUGACUAUAGAGAAGACAUUACUUCUAGUCAAUAACGGCAAGAUUCCAAAGACUUUGUUAAUACCACUAGAUGGACCUAAGGUGGAAUAAAUCCCCCUUCGAUAAGGGAUGGUUAUUUAUUCAUUAUCACCUGUGUCCAUUAUUUUUGGACCAGGACAGAAUAAAAAUGUGAUUUGUGAAGAUGCUUGGAUCUAAUUAUGUAUAUAGUACCCACAAAGACUGUUACUUUAGUUUUGAUAACUACUGUUUCUGGAAACUAGAAAGCAAUGUAGCCAUUUGAAAACUAUACUGAUAUUUUUAACAAGCUUGUGAGUUGAUUCUAUAUUGUAUCCAAUCCUGAGAAAAAGAGGUUGGAAUAUUUAUAAGUUAUCCAGAAAUGGAGAUUAUCUGAUUGCCAAAUUAAAAAAAAUCGUGUUUAAAUGUACAGUACAUAUAAUGUAUAUACAUAAAGGAAUAUGAAACUAUUAUUUGAAAUGACUAACUAUAACAUUAAUAAUUACACUCAAAACAGGAUAUAAAAACAGCAUCAAUUUCUGAAAGUAUUUCACUUACACAUCAAUAAAUUCUGUUAAUUAUAGUAGUGCCCUCUACGGAAAGCGAGCAAAUGUGAUAAAUUCUUUAUUACACUAACUUUUCAUAAAAUUAUUUAUUACAAAAAUUGUUGAUGAGGGCUCAAAAAGGCCCCUUUUCUCUGCAGCUGUGGGUUAUAGAAAGUAUUCAGGCCAAUGGAUAGUUAUAAAUGACACCAGAAUUCUCCAAUUUAUGGAACUGUACUUAAAAGAUAAAUUAAAUCUUAGCCAGCCAGAGCUAUUUCUACUUUUACUGCUACCAAAGUAUACUUUUUAUUACUUGUAUUAUGUUGUCAAAAAUUAACACUCUCUGUCCCACCAAUAAAUGUAAAAGUUCUUAUAGUGAGAGUUUCUCUGCUUCUGGUGGCUAAUAGAUUAAUCUUCAAUAUGAUGUCAAUAAUUACAUAAUAAGGAUGUCUAAUCUUGACAACUGGAAUGGGCUCGGAUGCAGAGAGAGGCUGGUUCUAGUGGGAUUCCUAUGACAAAUAUAUAUAACAUGUAUCAAACUGAUCCUGCACGUGUAAUUUGUUUUGAUUUUAAUUAUUUAACAAACUGGAACUUGGUUUGUAAUUUGUCUUCCACAGUAGUUCAAAUAGAUUUAACAAAAUCACAUAGAAUUUGAAAGCACACCAGCUAAUAUUGUUGUUCAAUGCAGUUGUAUUUGAUAAUAUAGACAGUACAGCACAUUGUAAGCAUUGAUAUAUUUGUUCUAUAUAAAUAUGUAUGUACAUAAUAUUAUUCUUUAUCAAAGUUCCUAUAUGGUUUAAUGCUUUGAUUUUUAUAUAUAAGUUUGGGUAUUAUUACUUUAAUAUUCCCAAGUGUAAUAUACUUAGAUGCAGCAAUAUUUCAAUGAGUUCUAAAAGCUUCAUUUCUCAAUACAUUGUUAGAAAUUUCUGAAAAGGCCAGAAUAAUACCUAAAUAAAAUGGAACCCAAAUGGAAAUGAAAUAAAAUGAAAAAUCAAAUGUUACUAAAAUAAAUGAUAAUAAAAUUAAAGGAUGCAAGAUUGAUAUUUAUUGAUCUGUUGUACAAAGUGCCAUAUUAUUCCAAACUACAUAAACUAUAUCUGCAAUUCGGUUUCAGGGUUCACAUUUAUUUUCCACACCUAUUGUGCUGCUGAUUGUGACUUCAGUCAAGAGUGACAUAUUUUCUAAAUACUCUGAUGUGAAAAACAGAAACAUUUACAGUAUUAAUCCUGUUAGAUAUUUUAUACAGAUA